AUGGAGGUAUUUGGCAAAUCUAUGGUAGCUGCUACAAAUGUUAUUUACUUGUCGAGUAUUCUUGGCCAAGAUGGAUCUAACUGUGUUCACAAGUGUGAUUGGAAAUGUGAAAACGAACACAUCUGCGGGAACAUGUUCCGCUGCAGACUAACUGGGCUGACACACGUCUGUGACAAAAACUGUAACCAGAGAAUUCUGUACGAUAACCAUAGCUCCCUUUGCAGAGUGAGCAAGCAGAUUUUUCCUCUGACUUCGGCUGAGCAACAGGCAGUGAAAGGUAUCAGGAGGAAGCUUGAAGCUGAGAGUUCCCCCAAUGAGAGCUGUGCUUUUAAGCGCAGAAGGGAUGCACAGUAUAACACCUCACCAUUUGAGAAAUCAUUCUCUGCUGUUAGUCCCAUCUGCAGUCAAAUUGGCGAGAGCAUGGAUAUGAGCUAG